AUGGCCAACGAGACGACGCCCAGCGAGAACACGGUCAACGGAUCCAUCCACUCCGCCGCCGAAAAAGAGAAGGAUCAAACCAACAAAGAGUCGUUCAUCCCGUCGGAACGAGUCGACGACUUUCCGCAUGGGAUCAAGUUGGCUUUGCUUAUUGUGGCCCUAUGUUUAUCGGUCUUCCUCGUCGCUUUGGACAACACCAUUAUAGCUACGGCCAUUCCUAGGAUUACGGACGAAUUCAAGUCGCUUGACGACAUAAGUUGGUACGGAAGCGCAUAUCUUCUGGCCACGGCAGCCACACAACUUCUCUUUGGGAAAUUCUAUUCGUUCCUUCCAAUCAAAUGGGUUUAUAUCACGGCUAUAACUAUUUUUGAAAUCGGUUCUGCUGUCUGUGGGGCGGCGCCGACCUCGAAUGCACUUAUCGGAGGUCGUGCGAUUGCUGGCUUCGGUAGCGCUGGAAUCUUCACUGGCGCCCUCAUCAUCAUUGGCAAGUUGAAGUCCUUGCAUAACAUCUUCGUCGCUGAGCCCUCCUCAGCGCAUGCGGUUCCUCUCAGUAAACGACCAAUGUAUACUGGCUUAAUCGGUGCCAUGUACGGGCUUGCGAGUGUUGUGGGUCCGCUGAUGGGUGGUGCAUUCACAGAUAAAGUUACCUGGAGGUGGUGCUUCUACAUCAAUCUCCCCAUCGGCGCUGUCACGCUGUUCGUGAUGGUCUUCCUUUUCAAAAUGCCUCAUAGUGCCGAUCGAGAACCUGUUGAGAUGUCCCUUUGGGAGCGUAUCGAAAAGUUCGACCCUUUUGGUACUGUGGUGUUCAUCCCAGCUAUCGUCAGCCUGCUUCUCGCCCUACAAUGGGGAGGCAGCAAGUAUGAAUGGUCGAAUGGCCGCAUCAUUGGGCUUUUUGUCGUCUUCGGAGUGCUCAUCAUCUGUUUUAUUGCGGUACAACUAUGGAAGGGCGACAAUGCGACCGUCCCGCCCCGAGUCUUCAAGCAACGGUCGAUCUGGUCAGGCGCCUUCUUCUCACUCUGUCUCGGCGCGGCUUUCUUUAUUCUCGUCUUCUACCUCCCCAUCUGGUUCCAGGCCAUCAAGGGCACGAGUGCGGUCAAGUCAGGCAUCUCUUCGCUCCCAAUGAUCCUCUCCCUUGUCGUUGGCUCCCUCAUUGCAGGGUCUGUUGUCACCGUCACUGGCUAUUAUACCCCCUGGCUCCUCGUUUCCACCGUGUUGAUGUCAGUCGGCUCGGGCCUGCUUUACACUCUGCGGGUCAAUACCGGUCAUUCCAAGUGGAUUGGAUACCAAGUUCUCUAUGGACUGGGAGUAGGCGUUGGAAUGCAGCAACCCGUCAUCGCGGCGCAAACAGUCCUGCCACUGAAAGACGUGCCUGUUGGGACGAGUAUCCUCAUGUUCCUCCAAACGCUUGGUGGAGCGCUCUUUAUAUCGGCAGGCACGAACGUCUUCACGAAUCGACUUGUUUCGGGUCUUAUCCGUGCCAACAUACCCGGCGUCUCCCCCCGCUAUCGUCGUGCAGGCUGGCGCCACAAGCUUGAAGAGGCUCAUUGA